UAGUUUCCGCGUUGUUCAAGGCAGUGAAGGAAGUGUUGAAGGUCCGCGGCGUUAUUAGUGAAUUGCGGGGUGGUGGAAAAGGCUGGCGGAUAAGUUGAAGUGAAGAGGUGGAUAAGUUAGAGCCCUCGUCGUGGAUUAGGUACACCUCGUGAUGCCAAAAAGGAAGCUGCACGGACAGAGACUGGCUCCAUCUGAAAUAAAGGUGCGGUGCGGUCAUCCAGGAUGCAAGUUUUAUGGUAGGCCGGAUACCUUCAAGAUCCAUAACAAUAGGAAGCACGGAGGGCAUAAGAAUGCUAGAGUGAAGAACUCAGGUUUUGAGCCUGGGGCAAAGUUUGCCUGCUAUGCUCCUCUUCCACUGGCUUCUGAUGGAGCUCUGGAGAGUGGAGAGACGACAGCCGCGGCAGCUGAAAGCAUGGACUGUGGUCCACCUAUGUCCCCAGUCCACGAAUCUGUCCAGCUGGAAGCAGAAGACAGUGACAACCCUCCUGCAAACAACACUUCCGAAGCCCGUGGAGGUGAUGGCGCUGCCCCUGCUGGACCCAGUAGGGAGUUAGCAGAUCUGUUUUCUGCCAUGAAGAGCGUUGCCCUGCAAGUAAAACGUAAUGAAUCCAAGUUGAACGAGAUCAUCGACAUUCUCAGAAAGGGCAGCGUGACUACUGCUAAGAUAGGUCAGAAAAGAACGGAUGAAACAUCGGAGGCAGCUAAACUGUUGAUACGCUCGGGGAGAAGCAUCGCCGCCCUCCAGGUUGCUACAGACAACCUUCUCACUCAGUCCCCAGAUGAAGGCCUCAUCGCCUGUUCUGCAUGUGUGCCGUCUGGCGCUGUGCGUCGAAGGGGCGCAAAAGGUGUGUUCACCUACGACUUUAAUCUGGGAACCAGUUUUGCAGAUGGUCAGUCUCUCCCAUCAUCGUUCAGGCACCUGAGGGCGGCCAUCAGGAGUCACUUUUGUGGCCUACACCACGGAAAAACCGUACUCGCCAAAAAACAAACGGACGAGUUGGCGAAAGGACGUUUUGCGCGGAACGCCAGCGCCGCCAGUCACGUCCUUCGCACGGGGUACUUCGUCCUGAAACGGUCCCUGCCAAGGGCUUCGUUUGAGGACCUGGUCGUUCUCCAGGCGGAGAAUGGCACGAGGGUGGGUAACACCAACCACUCCAGCAUGUUUGUCCCUACAAUGCGGCUGCAGUUCUCGACUGUCAUGACGAGUAUGCUGCAGAGGUUCAUUGAGCAGCAACCAUGCGUCUCCAUGUGCGCAGACAAGGUGACCGUCGCAAAGCGAACCAUCGACAUAACCGCCGUGAUAGCUGUGGUUAGUGGGGCGCCUGCGGGUCACAUGAUCCAAUCGUUUGUAGUCGCUGCGCCCGUAGUAAAGGACCACAGUGGAGAUGGACUGGCUGAUGAGCUCUGUCAGUCUCUGGUUAAGGUCGGAGUGACUCACCCAGACAAACUGGCUGCAAUCUGCAUGGAUGGGCAGUAUCACCAUAACCGAGUGCCAGAGAAACUGCUCAGUCGGCUCAGGGCCACGGACCCACGGUUCAAUACGGCCCCGUCAGUAGUUGUGCUGUGGGACGGGGCUCACCUGCUCAACCUGGCCGAAGAUGACGCGCGACGUUCAAAUGGCUGUGAGUGGGUAGAGAAGGUCAUCGCUCAGGUGACAGGCAUCACCAAGCGCUACACAGUGGAGCUGACCAUCCUGGACUCGUCAUCGUCCGACAUCACCGUCUCCAGUGAGUAG